UCUGCGCCACAGCUGCACCUCCCCUUCCAGAAACGCGCUGGCGAACUACGGUGUUGGGUUUUUAAAAAAAAUAAUAAAAAAAAAUAAAAAAUUUAACUUCGUGAUGGCUGACGACCCUGGGAACUCUACUGGUUGUGCAGUGUCAUCAAGAAAAACCAUCUCGUCGUCGCCGUGAGACCUUGACGGGAAAAGCCCAGCCUCCCGUUCGCAGUUCACUACUCGAGCCCUGCUGUGUCUGGAUUACGGCCCUGCUGUGAUGGACCUACGUGCUCUCAACACGACCUAAAUCUACCCGGAGAUGUCAUUUACGCCACGGUGUCAGAGUUGUCAGCACAGGUCAAUUGCGGUGGGCAGACAGGCGGCAUGACCGAGGAGCGAUGUCCUCAGCUGGUGGACUACUUCGUGGUGGCGGGGCUGGGGGCCGACUCUCCCCCGCCCGACGACGAGGGCCAGCAGAGGGGCGGUCGCGCGGCGGAACCCAUCACCGACCUGGCCGUGAUCGCCCGCGGCCUGGGCGAGGAGGUGCCCGAGGGCUUCACCUGCAUCGAGAAGACGCUGGGCGGCCACGCGGCCGAGCUGAGCGCCGGCCUGCUCAACAACCCCCACAUGUUCCUCUGCUACCGCCGCGGCCACGACAAGCCUCCCAUCGUGGAGCUGGGCGUCCUGUACGAGGGCAGAGAGGCGGCGAGGCAGGGCUGGCUGGUGGUCGAGACCACCCCGUACAGCCGCACGGCCAGCCUGAGCUCCACAGGCCCCGCCACGCACAGGACCUUCCUCACGUACCGGCGCGCGCCCGACUCGCAGGCCCUCAACACGCUGGGAGUGACGGACAUCUCGCUGCUCAUGCCCAGUAAGGGCGAGGCGGCCCCACACACCUUCUGCAGGGUGGACAAGAACCUGAACACCAGCAUGUGGGGCCCAGCGCUGUAUCUCUGCUACAAGCGGGCUGUGGCGAAGGCCAACGCGCUGGUCUACGAGGCAGGUCUGAUCAGCCGAUACCCUGAAGAGGACCUGGAGUCGUUCCCACUGCCGGACUCUGUGCCGAUCUUCUGCCUGCCCAUGGGUGUAACUGUGGAGAGCUGGCCACUCGACACCAAGUACCAACUCCCUGUCUUCUCCACCUUUGUGCUCACCAGCGCCUCUGGAGACAAGGUCUAUGGCGCCGCCAUCCAGUUCUACGAGCUGUACCCGCGCGAAGCGCUGUCCGACAGGCAGCGGGCGUGCCUGGGCUUGCUCAGCGUGGUGGACCGCCAGCCAAUCCCCGGCCGCACCGUGCAGGUGAAGAAGAGCGUGUGUGUGCUCUCGCACUGGCCCUUCUUCACCGUCUUCCAGAAGUUCCUCACCUUCGUCUAUCGCUACUCCAUCUCCGGGCCCCACGUGCUGCCCAUCGAAAAGCAUAUCUCCAGCUUCAUGCACAACGUACCUUUCCCCUCUCCCCAGCGCCCACGCAUACUGGUCCAGCUGUCGCCGUACGACAACCUCCUGCUGUGCCAGCCGGUGUCCUCGCCGUUACCGCUGAGCGGUGCCAGCUUCGUGAAGCUGCUGCAGAACCUGGGAGCGGAGAGCGCGUGUGCCCUGCUGCUGGCCGUCCUCACCGAGCACAAGCUGCUGCUGCACUCCCUCCGGCCCGAUGUGCUCACCUCGGUCAGCGAGGCGCUGGUGUCGAUGACGUUUCCUUUGCGUUGGCACUGCCCGUAUAUCCCGCUCUGCCCGCUGCGCUUGGCUGACGUCCUGUGUGCCCCUAUGCCCUUCAUCGUGGGCGUUCAUUCCAGCUACUUUGACCUGUAUGACCCACCCUCAGACGUGGUGUGCGUGGACCUCGACACCAAUACCAUUUUCCACUCCGAAGACAAGAAGCCCUUGUCAUGGAGGUCUCUGCCCAGGAAAUAUGGGAAAAUCCUGCUCAACUCCCUUACAAACCUGCACAAGACUUUGGAGAAAUUCUGCACCCCUGGUGAGGAGGAGGCAACCCUGGAGUUCUUGCUGACGGACUACGACCUGAUCUACGGCCGUCAGAAGCAGCUGGAGCUGGAGAUCCGAGAAGCCUUCCUGCGCUUCAUGAGCUGCCUGCUGAGAGGCUACCGCUCCUUCCUCCUGCCCAUCACGCAGGCGCCCUCUGACCGAACCACUGACUGCAGCUCCCUCUUCAACCUGCAGGGCUUCCUGAAGUCUCGAGAGCGCACGCAGCAGAGGUUUUACUCGCAGCUCACCAAGACUCAGAUGUUCACGCAGUUCAUAGAGGAGUGCUCCUUCGUCAGCGACAGACAUGCCUGCCUUGAGUUCUUCGACGAAUGUGUUCAGAAGGUGGAUGUGGAGAAGCCAGAGGAAGUAAGGUUGAUAGAUCUGGAUGAGGCACACAGCGGGGAGCACACGGUGUUUAUAAUGCCCCCAGAGGAACCUCAGGAAGCUGAUGGCUCAGAGUGUCCUGCGCUCUACAGUUAUGAGACAUUUCCUAUACUGCAGCCCGAGUUGUUUGACCGUCCCCAGGACCAGCUCCGCACUCCUGCCAAAGGAAGUGCUCCCAGUAGUCCUGCCCCUCGUCGCACCAAACAGGAGAUCAAGCUGGCCCAGAAACGGGCGCAGAAGUACUCGGCAGUGCCGGACAUGUGGUCCAAGUGUCUUCUGGGCCACUGCUACGGCCUGUGGUUCAUCUACCUGCCCACGUUCGUGCGGGCGGAGAGCGCCAAGGUGCGCGCGCUGCACGCGGCCUACGAGGUGCUGAAGCACAUGGAAACGCGCAAGGUGGUGCUGCCAGACGAGGUGUGCUACCGCAUCCUGAUGCAGUUGUGCGGGCAGUACGGGCAGCCUGUACUGGCGGUCAGGGUCCUGCUGGAGAUGAAGAAAGCAGGGAUCACUCCCAACACCAUCACGUAUGGAUACUACAACAAGGCCGUGCUGGAGAGCAAGUGGCCGUCCACUAAUCAGGGGGGCCGUCUUCGCUGGGCUAAGCUUCGCAACGUCCUCUUGGCGGUGGCGCAGUUCAGACAGCCCAUCAAACACCGACAGAAGAGCGGCUCCGUCAGCUCCAGGCGAGGUGACUACAACUCCAAUCUCCGCCCCCACUCCACUCUAGUUCGUCAAACCAGCUGGAGCGGUUUGAGUGAAAGCUCAAGCCACGAAUCACUGACUGGUCCCUUCAUUAAAAGCAACAGUCUCAGCAGUAUGCAAGUUGACAAGUCCAAGUUAUCUAGGCAAGCCAUUGUCCAGAGUGCAAGCAAGAAUGGCACUGCCUCUCGCAAGCCUCCUGUCAACCCUCGGGACGCUGCCUCCUCUCUACUGCCCCCUACUGACCGUGUCCUGGUGCAGCGCAGUGAGGUCUGCCUGUCCAACUUUUACAAGGAGUUCUCCGAGCAAGAGACCGACUGCAGAUGCCAGCAUGCCGAAAGGGACGGCAGGCCUGUGGAACUGCGGGAGACUCUGAACCGGAAGGUGGUGGACGAGAACUACAAUAAUGUUUCAUCUCCGAGCCGUGGGCUCGCCGGUAAACUGCAGCAGCUGCUCACGCCCACGCGUCACCGGGCCUCCGCGCGGCGGGCUGCCAGCAUGGAUGACCGCCGGCCCGGCGCUAACGGCCCCUCGCGCAAAACGUCGGAACAGAGGUCGUCGCGCAAAGUGCAGGUGGCCGAGAGCCUGUUGAAGGCCAAAGAGCGCCUGUACAACGCCACCUCAGAGAGCUCCUUGUCGGUAGGGAGUGACGUCGAUCUUGCAGAUCCUCCAAGCUCUGCUUUUUCACUCAGGAAGUCAUGGGAUUCUGCACAGGAAGGGGUGGGGCUUGAGGUGUUGAUGUCCAGUUGCACGCUGUGCCGGAGCUGUAACACUCUGGUGUACGAUGAGGAGAUCAUGGCCGGCUGGACGUCAGACGACUCCAAUCUCAACUCCACCUGCCCGUUCUGCUCAGCCAGCUUUGUGCCUCUGCUCAACGCUGAGAUCUGCGACUUAGGGCCUGUGAGCAGCCUUGAACGCAGUAACUGGAACAUGGAGGAUGAGGUGGAGAGUGCAAUGAGGCCCCCUGGUGGUCAAGAUGGCUUCUCGCAGCACUUGUAUAAUGGUGGGAUUGAGCACGACUCCUGUUCAGAGACCAGCACAUACUCCGAGAACAGCAGCAAUACCUUAAGCUCAUCUUUGGGUGGCACUCCUCAGGUGACUGUGGCAUACCUGAGCCCUCUGGUGCUGCGUAAGGAGCUGGAGAGUCUGCUGGAGAAUGAGGGAGAGGGUGUUCUCUCUCAGGUCCAGCUGGUGGACAGCCACUCCAUCCUCUUCUGGAACCUGGUGUGGUAUUUCACCCGCCUUGGCCUUCCCAGUAACCUGCUGCAACUGGUGCGCGCAUCGCCGCUGGCGGCACAGUUCUCACAGAGUUCAGAGAGCACUUCAGUAAGAGUGAGGUUACUGUGGGACACUUUGAUGCCUGAUACAGAUCAGUGGCCCCCUCUCUACAUGCUCUGGAGAAUCCACAGUGGCGUGCCAAUGCGUAACUACAGCUGGCGUAGGCACAACCACCCCUUCACCCUGAGCUUCCUGGAGGAAGUCCUGCGCUGUGUGGGCAUGAACGAGGUACACAAGGCUGUCACGCUGUUCUUGGACACUGUCGCCAAGCAAGCUGGCACCCCCCGGGUGCAGAGGAGUUUGUACAGGGAAUUUCUUUUUCUCACUCUUGCUGCUAUGGGCAAAGACCACGUUGCUGCUUUUGAUAAGAAGUAUAAGGCAGCCUAUACGCGGCUGAGUGGCUCUCUGGGCCGUGACGAGCUGAGGAGGCAGAGGGCUCACCCGCCCAGCCCCAAAGCCGUGGACUGCAGACGCUGCUUCCUGUUGCCCCUGGAGUGCUGAGGCACACGCCUGCGCACGCAAGCGCCGUCUCGCGCCGCGCUCAGCCGGCCUCUGCUCCCACUCAGCGACCGACUCGGACUGUUCUCCUGUGAACAUCAACACCUCCACCUCCCCACCCAAACACACACACACACACACACACACACACACACACGCGCUCCUAAGUGGUCCUUUAUUUCAUGAACAACCGCAGGGCAGUGGUUCUGCACAGUGGUUCUAAAGCCCUUUAUCUCCUCCGCCUCUGCAGCAUGGUGGCUUGGUACGUACAGAACACUUUGGGAGCUGCUCAACUUGUUGCCGGUUACGUCGCCCCUUGUGUGCUUUUCCCACUGCAGGGAGAGCUGCUGUUUUCCCAGCUCUUGUCUUCUGUGUUGUUGUUUUGCUUUUGUAUUUAUUAUUGGGGUUUUUUUGUUGUUGUUGUGGAGGUUUUUUGUUUGUUUGUUUUUUUGCAGUAGAACUUAUGAAUAAUGUAAAAUGCUUUUAGUUUUCCCAGCCUCAGUUAGCGCACCGAUUGGAUACAGCAGAGUAUACAGUGGACUUGGAUAAGGCACAGAGCUCUUGUGCUUCAGGAGCUGCUAAACUUUUUUGAAAUGACACAGCGUUGCCGGUCCCACGCACCCGUGUCUUUUCCUUGCUCAGCCUGGCAGUACUCGUGUGCCCACGACGCUCGCAUGUCUGCUUCACCGCGAUUCCCAUCUAUGCAUUACGUCAACGUGGGUGGAGCCGAACCUGCUGUCUGUGCUUCACAGGCAAGGCCUCUCUGCCCUCCUGCUCCGUGCGAGGGCGUUAGCCGCGCGUCCUGAAGUCCUGAUGCGUGUGCCUCCCCACUCUCUGCUGGCUCCUGGAGCGUCCCUGCGUAAGCGCUCAUCAGAUCUUCUUGGCUGAAGACCCGGGGAGCAGGGCAGUUCCGUGCAUGUGCGGAUGAGCCUGUGGGAGGGAGGGGGAGAGAGGGAGAGGCUGGUAGAGAACAUGAGGAGAUGUGGGACCAUGCGGGGGCCCCCUGCAAACACUGGCCUGUUGCUGCCUGCCACUGAAGAAGAGGAGAGGCUGUCUGGAGGGGGCCCAGGGAGACGGCGGGACCCCGAGGACGGGGGCGGACAACCCAGGGCCAAGAGCUGAGCCUGGGCACGGCGGGGGGACGCAGGACCAGCAGGGCCCUCUCUUCUACUGUUACGAUGGGCCUCCCUUCUCUUUGAAUUCUCCUAGUUUUUCCAUCUGGUUCGUUUUUACCGUUUUACUUGCGCUGGAGACCUGACGAGGUCAACACCUGUCGCUCAGUGCUCAGCCACCCAAAUGGCAACUGGGAGAAUCCCAGCGUGUGAUCAUUGUUAUACUCUUGCUGGCAUCUAAAAGGCAGUUGAAGUUGUAGGUGUGUUUGUGUGUGUCCUUAGCUUGUACUGCCCGUUAGGAGGCACCUCUGCUGUAGUAAGACGCGUAUACACCCACCCCCCACCCCCGGCACUGUGAGCGACUGUGAGUUUCAUUACUGUGGCCUCACGCAUGCUGCGCGCACACACAUGCACACUUCACCUCCACACUGUUCCAGCUGCCAGGCGUUGCGUUCAUGGAUUCUCACACAAUCUGAUCAAUGGUUAAGUCCAUACAGCACAGCACGUUCCAACUCCUGCUCUGUCACUGACAGAACCUGCUCUGUGGAAGACAAAGGUCAGAGGUCUGGGCUUGCGCCAUGACCUGCGGCCCACGCGGGCUUCGCUUCUGCCGUUAAGUGCUCGGCGCAGGUGUGGGCAGCGGCUUCGGCCAGGUGGCGCUCUUCCCCCUCUGACGCCCGCAGCAUAGCUUGCGUCCACCUACCCAAUGUUCUCUUCCAACGCGGCAGUCCUGGGAGGACACAGCUUAGCGGAACGUAGGCUGGGUCAUGGUGCCAUCGUCUCUUCAUCGGUAUGUAAAGGUCACCUCCGUGGCUGAAAGCUGCAGUCUCAUGUCUCAGAUGAGCCUUCGGUAACUGGCCCCAGAACAGCACCACGGCCCAAGGCCUGUCUGAAGCCUUUUCCAGUGGCCGUACGUCCUGAUCGCUGGGCAGCGCUCCACAAAUAGGAAUGUAUCCGGACGGGCUGUCGCACUACGCAGCUCAUUUCCGUGGCCUGGACCGUGCCAUUUCACCCCACUCUGUAAACGAAUGUUGUAAUUGUUCUGUUUCUUUAAGCAACCUGUUUUGUUUAGGCAUCAUAUUCAGAUAUUUCUAUAUAUCAAAUAGGCCUGUGUGUAAAGUGACAGGGUAUGCUAAUGGCAUAUUCUGUAUGUUGGAAGUGUACAGGGCUGGUGACCUUGCAUAACAGGGCGAUGAUGUGCAUCUCGUAUUCAGCAGUUCUGUUUUAGGUUUGUGAAAGACUCUUUAGUUGUCUGCUCCUCUGAGUGUGUGAAAAAAGGGGGGGGGGGGGCGAGCAGAAAAAAAGCUGUGAUGUAUAGAAACAUAAACAUUUCACCAUACCAGAAUGCAACAGUCAUAGUGGCUACUACGUUGUGUGAUGUUUAGUCUUAACUUUUAGGAGAAAAAUCUGAAAAGGCACUGAUCUGUUUGUUUUGAAUUAGCUUCAAAUUAAGGAGAGAACAUCUGGAAAAAGUAGUAUCUUAUUCCUGGCCCAGAUUGCACUGGAUUUCUUUGGACUUUGAUCUGCAAGGUUUACUGACCAGCAGGGGACAGAAUGCCGAAGGGAGUUGUAAUGAAGGUCCGGAAUGAUGCUUUCAUUGUAUUUUAAUGCAUCAGAAUUAGGAUUAUUUUUAUUUUUUAAAAGUUUAAAUGGAAAAAAAAAAAUUACAAAGCUAUAUUUAAGCUGUAUUGUUUGCUGUAGUAAUUUAUAUAGAUGUGAUUCUGUUGUGAAUGUUGUUUUUAAUAAAAAAACACACCACUGGAUUUCAGGUUAA